UGCCCGGAGGCUACGCGGGCUGGAGUUCGCUAGUUACGCGGUUUGUUAGUUACUACGGCUGGAUUUACAGCGGUGGGGGUUAGUUACGAAGGCUCGAGUUGGGUAAACACGUAUACAUCACGACGGAGAGGCAGCGGUUAGUGUGAUCUCCUCCGCCUCCUGUUCCCUGGCUUCGUGAAAAGGACACCGCCAAGAUGCUGCCGGAGAAGUUCCUGUUCCACGUGAAACUGCUGUUCUGCAUGGUGGUCGUGGUCACCGAGGGCAAGAAGAAGAAGAACAGGAAGAACGCCGAGAUCGUCCAGGACCACCCGGCCCUCGACCCCGACUUCAACAUGUGUGACAUCCAGACGCCCGAGGUCAUCUACUGCUACUGCGACGUCCUCGAAGCGGAUACGGCUGAAGAGGGCAACUGCUGGAUCUUCAACGACACGUCCGAGAACGAGUUCAUCUGGGAAGGCUUCGCGUCCCAGACCAAGAUCAAGCGCCUCACCCUCCACCUGCGCCCCGACGGCACCCUCAAGACCAUUCCGACGGUGGCCAUCCAACACCUCCCUGACCUCGAGAUGUUUGAGGUGCAGUACGCCACCUUCAAGAUGGUAAACGCCUUCAGCUUCGGCAACUCGAGCUCGCUGGCCAAGAUCUCUCUGGCCCGGAACUCCAUCGGCACUCUGGCCCGCAACUCCUUCGCCCACCUCCCGUCCCUGGACACCCUCUCCCUCGGCGAGAACCACAUCACCGAAGUCAACCGCCACGUGUUCGUCGACCUGCCCAAGAUCACCAAGCUCUACAUGGACCGGAACAACAUCACCAUCGUGCACGACCGAGCCUUCCAGGGCCUCCACAACCUGAUCGAGCUGGAGCUUUUCUCGAACCAGAUUCAGGUGAUCACCCCCGACACCUUCAAGGGUCUGAGGGCCUUGGAGCGCCUCGACCUCCACAAGAACCGCAUCGAGGUCAUCGGCGACUUGACCUUCCAAGACCUCCAGGCCCUCCGUGUCUUGGACCUCCAGGAGAAUUCCCUCAAGUACAUCGCGCCAAAGAGCUUCUUCGGUCUCUCCAACCUUCUGCAGCUCAACCUACAGGACAACAAGCUGCUCUCCGUGGGACCUGAGGUGUUCAAGCCCACCGUAAACAUCUUCUACCUUGACCUCCGCGCCAACGUACUCGAGACCAUCACCAAGGAUACCAUACAACCACUCAUGGACAACCUCAACAACGACACCACUAGCUUCUACCUGGAGGGCAACAACUUCCGCUGCGACACCCGCCUGAGCUGGAUGUUCCGCCUGCACAACACCACCAGAAGCCACAACGUCCGCAUGAACCUCGAGUCCGUCAUCUGCUACUUGGAGGCCGGCACGCUCCCCCCGAGGCUCGACGACCAAACCGUCACGCCCGCUUACGAGACCACGACCCUCGGCAUCGGCCCGAUGGUGAAGCUGUUCGCGCUGCGGGAGUCCGAGCUGCCCGACCCCAUGCUGCGCUGGAUGCAGACGGCCGAGCCCGACUGCGACGAGGAGACGCAGGAGAAGGAGGCCGAGGCCGAGGACGACGACGACGACCAGCAGAAGAGGCGCGGGCGCGGCCGCAAGAGCAAGAAGGUGCAGAAGAGCAAGGCGCAGAACGACAUGGCUCCCGUGGCGGCCGAGGAACAGCCGCAGGACAGCGCCAAGGUCGUGAUCGACCCCCCCGCCCCCGUGCAGGAGGAGUCCCGUGCCUACGACUCCGGCGCCAGCUCCCCGCGCGCCGCGAUGGCCCCGCUCCUGGCACUCUGCUUGGCACUACUCUACGCACGUCCACACUGAAAUCUAUUGCGGAGGAUAUAGGUCAUUAGGUUUUUAAUGUCUGAAGUGAUAUUGGAAACAACUCUUUCUGGGGGAAUUUUUUCGCCCGCUGACAUCUAACAUAUUAAUGAUAUUUUUCUUUUCCUAUGAAUUUGACAGACAUGUUGCAUCGCAUUCUGACUUGUAUAAAAACAAAAAACAAAAAAACUUAUUGCGCAGAAUGUAGAAGAAAAUAAAGAAGAAAAUCGAUCUGUGGAAUGCAACAGGAAUUCUCAUCAUGGACGUGCCAAAGUUUAUGUUGUUAAACAAAAGGAAAAAAAACUAAGUUUAUGAUAACCCAUAAGAUGAAAGUGCUUCAGGAUUUUUUAAUUAUUAUUUUUGGGUAUAAGUGUUGUCUCAAAACCUCCCUCAUAAGUUGCUGUGUCCCUCUGCCUUACUCCCUUAACCUGUAAACCUCAGCUAAAGUAAUGUUUGGUCUAUGAAACAAUACCUUUGCCAGUUCACGUGCUCUUUUGUACAUUGAUAGAAGAAAGUAUACAAUCACUGUACAAAGGAAAAAUGCAAAAACAAAAAAAAAGUAGAAUUAAUAGCUUUAGAUAAAGAAAAAAAAAAAACAGACUGUAAUCUUUAUAUUUCCAUUCGUGUUACGUAUUACCCAUGUAAUGUGUGUACAAAUGAGUUGCCUGGCCUGGCAGUUGAUUGAUUAUGCUCUACCACUGUUUCCUUUUCAUCCCUUUUGAUUCCUGUCUAUUUUUUUUCUUAAAUUUCCUCCGCCUCCAUUUUGCCUUAAUUCCUAUCCAUAAAGUGAUUUAUUGACCUUAGAUUAGUUUUAAAAUCUUUUUAUCUGCCUUCUGUAAUUAGCUACUGUUCAUCUUGCUCCAACUUUCUAUAUCUCUUGAGUAAAUCAACUGUCAAAAUAAUAAAAUGUGUAAAUGAUGAUUGCAUAAGGGAGAGUACUACUGUACAUGCUUCACAAUUAUGUACAUAGCCUUGGGUGUGCUGACUGAACUAUAUUUUCUUACUGAGGUAUAACAAUCAGUAUACAGUACAUAUAGUUGCCACCUACCAGACCCUGUUGGAAAUGUUUCUUUCUUUCUUUCCCAUUUUAAAACUGCUUUUUGAAGCUAGUUAUACUGUUUCUCGUUCAUGUGUAUUUUUGAUGCGUUGUACUGUAUUUCAUUAUGAUUCUACAAAAGUAAUGCAGGAAUUGACAACAUAACCAUCGCCGCUUACACUCAAAACUUAUAAAAUAAAUAAAACCACGAGGAUCCCAGAGUUUAUUCAGUUAUGAGGAAAUAUGAAUAGCAAUUUAUUUUACAGUGAUAUGUGGUAAAGUAAAGGCUUUACAUUAAAUUUUAAGAAUAAAAUGUCCAAAUGUACAGAGCAAAAAGUUACAUCAUCUUCGCAUCAGUGUAAAAGUUUACCAUGCUCUCAGGUCAUGAAAUGUCCACUGCCCUCGCUCCAUGUUGCUUUUUGAUCACUGCCCUUUUUGCUUUAACGUCGAUAAAACUUGUCUUUUCGGCUUUGUUGCUGGCAAAUUCGAGUCGAUUGGGGAUGAUAUGAGGAAUAAAGUGGGAUCAUGCAAAACUCUGUACACGAUUGGUUCCUUGAAGUUGUUCCUUAUUUGCGAAAGUGCCUCUGUGUUAUUCUUCUUCAGUUUUCCCUCUGCUUGUUCAGAAUGUGUUAACCACCUCCUUGCCAGUCAUAGUGACUGAUGCAAAUCCGCAAAGGCGAAAAAUCAGUAUUGUCAUUUUCUUUCUUAACAUUGCAGUCAUUUCGGUAAAGAACAACCAUUUACAAGACCACAAUACCAACAGCUUUGAUAGAGUGUAUGUCUGUUUUCACAGUGGAAUGUGAAAGAUGGUGCUUUAACAUUGCAGUGCACGGAAAGUCAACCUAAAACCCUUCAGCGUGCUUGCACCUAUGCCUUACGAAAGAUUUGAUUAAGGGUUAUUUUUAUUUCAUGUUUUGUUUGUACGUCGUUUACCUUGGGACAUUCUUACGGUAGCGAGUUUAUGAAUGUUUUCAGCAGGUGGUUACUAUGUACAGUAGUUUUAACUAAUGUGAAUGGUAGAUUGAGAGAUAGAAGUGUCUUGGACAGAGAAGCAUAAUCUAAAUGUAUUGUUUCUCCGAAGUUACAAGCUCCUCCAUGACACUCCAGAUUUCCCACAGCCUCAUGGAUAUAACAGUGUAGGAACUGUAUGAGUUUUAGUAAUUUACUGGUUAUUUGAUAUUCCUUUUUUCACAUUAUUGUAGUGACUGUUUCUUUGUGUAAAUACUAAUAGUCAACGUAGGUUCUAGGUGAGUAAAGCUAUCUAAUUAUUAAAACUCAUAUUAAAUAGGGUUCUGGGAUAAUAUAUAUGAGAGGGUAUCAUUAAUGUAGGAGCUUUUAUUUAUAUCAUUAAUUAUGGCUGUACUUUGCUAUGCCUUUUUCAAUUUACAUACCAUGAUAAUGCAUAAUUAAAAGCUCUACAAGAUAGAUUGUCAGAGUGUAUCCAAGAGAACGGGAUAAUAUAGAGACCAGCAUAAAUGUUCUCUGAUAAAAUAUAAAAAAAAUGUAAAAUACUUGAUACUGGUAUAUAUCUUUUGAGAAUCUGUCUUCUUGCAGUAUGAUAUGAUUCUUCUCAUUGAUUCUAAUGGUUUGGGCUAAAGAUGUAGUAAUAGCAAGCGGUUUCUGAUUUUUUUUGGCUGCCCCUUUUUGCAAUUUGGAAGAUUGGUAUAAACCACGGGACACUCGAGCAUUACUACUUCUGCCUUAGUUCAACCUGGUCCUAGAUAUAUAUGAAAACAUGCCAUAAACAGAGCCUAAAUAAUGCCGCUUGCUUCCACUGACUGCAGAACCAUCGCAACGUUGGGUCUAUUAAAUGAUGUAUUUUAAGUGUACUGUUUAUGCCUAGAUUCCGGAUAACCUUUGUAGCAGAUAUUGUCAUGGACCCCUUUUGAUUUGUCUCUUGUUGCGUUAGAUCAGGUUCAUCUAAUAGUCAUCGGGAAAGGAAAAAGAUAGUACCAAAUAAUUUUGUUUUGUUGUUGUUGUUGUUCUUUCAUAUAGUAACUUUUUGUAGUGUUGAGAGAAAGAAGUAGAAAUUUCAUUUGAUUUGCCAAAAAGGUUUUCUAGAGUACAGGCCUAUAUGUACUAAUGAUAAUUAAAAAAAAAAAAUGAUGUUCCAGACACCUUGGAAACAUUAGCCAUACUACAAAAAAUGAAGAGCUUGUUGUUAUUUUAUACAAAUGUGUCUUCUCUGCUAGCCAGCCCAUGGACUAGUUUUUUGGUCUAGUUCUGAGACUUGCUAGUUCUAGUCGUUUGGCUAGAAUGAAUGUUUAUUAGCGCAGAUGAAUGUGCAGCAUAUUGGUUAUAGUGUGUGCAAAUAAUUUCUCUUGUUUAAUAAAAUCGUGUCGUGGA